GGGAGCUGAUAAUUUUUUGGGCGUGUGGCUGGUCAAAAAAUCUUCGACUUGUGCCGCUGCCACCUUCCGUGCCUUUUUCUCCUUCGCACGCGAGCACCCAUCCCCCUGAAGACCGCAGCCAUGGCCGAGACAGCCACCGUUCGCACCCGCAAGUUCCUCACGAACCGACUCCUCAGCCGUCGCCAGAUGGUUGUGGACGUCAUCCACCCUGGUCUCCCCAACGUCUCCAAGGAUCAGCUCCGUGAGAAGCUCGCCAAGAUGUACAAAACGACCCCCGAGACGGUCUUCUGCUUUGGCUUCCGCACCCAGUUCGGUGGCGGCAAGAGCACCGGCUUCGCCCUGAUCUACGACAACGUCGAGGCUGCCAAGCAGUACGAGCCCCGUCACAGGCUUGUGCGCGCCGGUCUUAAGGAUGCCAAGACUGGUUCCCGCAAACAGAAGAAGGAGCGCAAGAACAGGUUGAAGAAGUACAGGGCAAAGGAGAUGGUCAAGCAGCGCGGUGGCAAGUAAACGUGCUCUCAUGCUCGUUGUUUCAACCCGCUCUUCUCUCUCCCUCUCCUUGCUGCUCUUGCUUGGUGUGAAUUAAACGACAAGCAAGUCCGUCCCGUCCAUCUCAGUGCAGCCGUUGGUGAUGCGUGACGUGAUGAAACCGUGUUCUACGCUAGUGGAGAGCCAUCGGGUGUUGUGUUGCUCGAUAACGAUGCGCGUUCGUGGCAGUUACAAGCGUAUGUACUGUUUGG